GAUCGGCAAGAAAUUAAAGCACAGAACAGAAAUAGCGGUGAAUGGUGAAAGGCAACUGCUCAAACUGCUACCUCCAAACUUUCGGAAGAGCGUGAACGCAAAUUCCCAAAUCGCUACCGCCCCACAGUUCUAAUACUUUGUUUAAUUUGUUUUUUAUUCUUCAGAUUUUUAUAAUCAAGCUUUGUUCCAGAUCACUUCACCGACUGCAUAUUGAAGACAUCAAUCCCACUUGAUUCGAAAUCAAGCUGUUCCCUUAGAUCCCGUUUCUUGGAAACUGCAUGAUAAAGCCAAUUGAUAGAGAGACCCAGUUCAUAACUUUUUGAUACAUAGCGAGGAAAUCUUGCGGCAUUGGGUGUGGAAAAUCGAAUUUGGGGAUACCCAUCUUCAGAUUUGCAGUUAGAUCUGCCAGUGGAUUCUGAUUUUGAUGGUUGUGUAUUGAACUAUAUACAGGAUUGUACUGAUUUUAUGAGGAUUUUGAGCUUAUGUUUCGAUUCAUACUUGGUAUGACAUGGCUCUGGGAUUGAGAUUUCCGGGACCCAAUUUGAGAAAUGAUUUUUCGUCUUGGAAUUGAGUUUGUUUGAUGGGACUUGAUUGAUCAGAUUUAUGUGUGUUAAGAGAAUUUGGGUUUUUGUGUUUGUGAAUCUGUUGUGAGGGAAGAAUGUUUUGGAGGGAAAGGGAAAGGGAGAAGAACAAAGAGCAGAAUGGUGGGCCGCCUUGUGGGCAGGUCCGAGUGCUUGUUGUUGGAGAUUCAGGUGUGGGGAAAACCUCUCUCAUACAUCUGAUUGUCAGAGGAUCUUCCAUCGCUCGUCCUCCUCAAACAAUUGGGUGUACUGUUGAUGUGAAGCACACUGCCUAUGGAAAUUCUGGUAGCUCUUCGAACAGCAUUAAAGGUGACUCUGAGAGAGAAUUUUUUAUCGAACUUUGGGAUGUGUCAGGACAUGACCGAUACAAAGAAUGCAGGUCUCUAUUCUUUUCACAGAUUAAUGGUGUUAUUUUUGUCCAUGAUCUCUCCCAGAGAAGGACAAAAACAAGUUUGCAUAAAUGGGCAGCAGAGAUUGCCGCUACUGGGACAUUCUCAGCCCCCCUAGGGUCUGGAGGUCCAGGUGGCCUUCCUGUACCUUACAUUGUUAUUGGUAACAAAGCAGACAUUGCUGCAAAAGAGGGCACGAGAGGGAGCAGCGGCAAUCUUGUGGAUGCUGCUCGCCAGUGGGUUGAGAAGCAAGGUUUGCUUCCAUCAAGUGAGGAACUUCCAUUGACCGAGAGUUUUCCUGGCAGUGGAGGCCUUUUAGCGGCCGCUAAAGAAGCAAGAUAUGACAAGGAAGCUGUGAUGAAGUUUUUUCGCAUGUUGAUCAGGAGGAGAUAUUUUUCGGAUGACUUACCAGCAGUAAACCCAUGGUCUUCCCCAGUACAGAGACCAUUACAGAAUGCAGGGGAAAUUUCAAGUGAUGAAGAUCAUUUAUACAAAAGUAGAAGUUUAGUUGGUGACCCUUACAAAUACAAUGUGCUUCCUCCCCUUCCGGCUCAGCGCAAUCUCACUCCGCCUCCCACGCUUUAUCCUCAGCAACCCAUGUCGACACCUGAGAACUAUAGCUUCCCAAGAUUUGCCUUUACGGGCACCAAAGAGAUCAGCAGUUCCAGAUCAAAACGAACAGAUAUUAAUGUUUGAUGAUUCGGUUGUUUGUCACUCAAAAGAAAAACAAAAAAUCUCUCUCCUCAGUGGCGAUCAGUGUGUUAGGCGGCCAUUUGAAAUCUUUUAUUGUUGGCUCACUUGUCCUUCCAUUCAUUCUUUGACUCACGGGUACGUUUUUGUGGCAUCCCAUGUUUAGUUGUACUUAAAUCUACAAUGAUUGGUUGUAUAAAUUUAAAACUCAAUAGGCGAUUCUUUUCUACCAGGCUUUCUUUUACCCAUCCCGUCCAAGAAAUUAUAUGUUCCUGCAUAUUUGUAGCGACUCUGGAUUUAUGUGACAUCG